CCCCGCAACAGUUGUUUACAUUUAGUUGUGAAACUUGAAUAUUGGCAAAAAUGUCCACCUUUGUGGUUAAAUUACUUCAACGCUCUCAGCUCUCACAUAGUCAAAUAGACGUAAAGCCGUUUAUAUAUGUCCGAAGCAAAUGGAUGGACGACGACGUGGAGUUUGACAUCCUGACCACUUCUGACAAUCAAAACUACCGGUCGAGUCUAAAAUACGAUGAGUUUCGGAGUGGAGCCUGUGAAUUGGAACAGGCCUACGAUGCUUUCUUUGCAGAGUGCAAAAGUGCACUAACCACGCACAUGGGACUCCAAGGAUUCGAUUAUGAAAUAUCCCUGGAAGAUGCCGAUAAACCAACCUUCAAAGUGUACAAAUGUGAGGGAUACGAAACGCUGUAUUUGGAUGUUCCGCUUAGAAAAGUGUCCAACUGCUACCAGUUGCUGGAUGCAGCCAUCGAAGCUGGUCAGCAGAAGCCUCAAGCAGCUCCAGCCACCGAAUCCGACGCCCAGACAACCGCAUCCCUGGCUGAAUAUGAAAAGUAUGUGAGGGACAGCAAACUGAAGGAGGAGGAACUUCUCAAGAAAUUCCUGCUGCUUUUGAACAGCAAAAAGGCCCACAUUCGGGAUUUAGAGAGUCAGUUGGAAAAGCGAUCCGGGAAGGGAUCAAGGGCAAAGAAUAAUCAAAGGAUUUCUUCUGAUGAAGAGGACGAUGCCUACGGAGCAGCCACUCAAGCCAUGAAUAUAGAUAAUGACUCAGAUUAAGCCCCUUAGUAAUACAAAUAAUUAAACAUUUCGUCUUCGGUAUGUGCUUGAAAUGUAUUUCCAUUUUGUUUUAGUUUUUC